AUGGCAACGACCGAAACCACCACCAAGACCGUCGCAGUGGACGAAUGCCCUACCACAGAACUGCGCAUCACCUCCGGGGAUGGGCCUGUGACCAGAACCGUUCUGCGGACCCCUCCGCGUGAUGCCGACCUCUCGGAGGUCCCUAUCAUUGAUAUCUCUCCCAUCUAUAGCUCGUCCGUGGCCGCGCGCCAGCGAGUCGCCCAGCAGCUGCGUGACGCCUGCACCAACACCGGCUUCUUCUACAUCACCAACCACGGUGUCCCGGCGGACGCGCUCGAAGCCGCGCACGCGGCCAGCCUGGAAUUCUUCCGCCAACCUCGGGCCGUCAAGGAGCGGGCCCAUGCAAGCCAGUCGCGAAUCUACAAUGGCUACAAGCCACCUCAGACUCAGCGCAUCAACCCGUUCGAGUCUGUCGACGUGCGCGAGAGCUUUUCCUGGAAAUAUGACCCGAAAUAUGAUGAAUCUGUCACUGACAUGGACGCAAUUCCUGCCAAGGUUUCCCAGUGCCCGACCAGCGAGGAGUUCUUGUGGGAUGCGACUGCGAACUUGCCACAUUUCAAGGAUGCUAUUCUCAAGUACUGGCGAUCUUGCCUGAAACUGGCACGGGCGUUGGUAAGGUCCUUUGCGCUUUCGCUGCACCUUCCGGAGGACUAUUUUGACGACAAGUUUUCGCACCCCGAUGCGACCUUCAGCGUCAACUAUUACCCACCUUUGGAACAGCCAGCCGCAGCCCUUGAUGAGUCUGUCCAAGUCUCCAUAGGGUCGCAUACCGACUUCCAGCUCUUUACUAUGCUCUGGCAAGAUAGUACCGGCGGUUUGCAGGUCCUCAAUAAGCAGGGACAGUGGCUCAAAGCCAAACCUAUCGAGGGCACAUUUGUGGUGAACAUUGCGGAUUAUAUGCAACGAAUCACGAACGAUCUGUAUGUCAGCACGAUACACCGCGUACAGAAUUGGAGUGGCAAGGAACGCAUUAGCAUGCCCUUCUUCUUUGGCUUCAACCUGAAUGAGAGCUGUGAUGUGCUGGAUAGCUGCGUAGCGCCGGGUGAGAAGAAAAAGUACCAAGAGAUCAGCUGCCAUGACUGGGUCAAAAAGCGCGUCGAGGAAAUGAAUCGAAUCAAGGGGAGGACUUAG